GUAGUUUGGAAACAUAACCUAAAAAACAAAAUAAAAUUCAAGUCAAAAUUUCAACAGUUUUCAAGCAGUUUUUUCUUAUUAUUAAUUAAUUAAUAUUCGUUAAAAAUGGACCACGAGUGUUUAUUUGCUUUAUGGUACUCACUAAGAGGAGGUUGUGAUGAACUUCUUAAUUUAACAACAAAUCCAGACCUAAAAGAAUUCUUCCACCCUGGGGAAAUAGAAAUCUUACGUCGUAUAAUGGCCGUUGCUAAUGAAUACCACAAGAUAGAAAUUUUUAUUGAGACAGCAACAAACACUUCACUUAAAAUGAUUGAUGAGAAAGGAGAAAUUAGUACUGCUAAUAAUGUAGAAGAAGAGCAACCAUUAAGAUAUGGAAUAUAUUUAAUGGCAUUUUGUUCUGGUCUAACUAGUGUACUUCAGGAUUAUUUAGCUCACAUUCAGCAAUUGGAGGAAUCAUGCCUUCUCAACAAUCAAUCUUCAUUGGUAUACAUUUUGGGUGCUGUUGAAAAAUACAUGACUUUAUUUAAUACACUUAAUUCUAUAAUUAAAGCUAUAAAAGUUGAGGGUAUUUAUGGCUGUUUGCUAAUUGGUAGGCUGCACAAUUAUAUUGAUUGUGGAAUUUCUCCUAUUGAGAAAGCUUGCAGAGAAAUUGUUUUAUCAGUAAACAAAAUGUUUUACAACCAACUUGCGAAUUGGCUUAUUUUCGGCAACAUCAACGAUGUUUACGAAGAAUUCUUUAUAUGCGAUUGUAACUGCGACGAUGAAGACUUUCUCUACGACUGGGAAGCUGAGAAAACGACCACAACAGCAACAACAAUACACAAUUACAAUAAAAGCCCAAUAUUAAAAACAUCACAUAAAGUGCAAAAGUUUAUGAUUCGACCGAAUCUCUUGCCUUCAAUGAUGCUCGUUGAAUCCGCUGAGAGUAUUCUGUUCAUUGGUCGCAUGAUUUGGAUUCUACAAAAUGAUCCGCGCCGAAACGACAGCAUGUUGAAGGCACACCUUCGAAACGAAAUCUGGUCCGGUAAUGCACUCGAAUACGUCGCUGAUAUUCAAUCGAUGGAACAAGAUCCGUUCGAUCGCUCACGAUUUGAGAAGAAAAUCGGAGAAUAUCGCGGAAAACUCACAAAAUAUUUAUGGACUGUUAUGAUCGAUGAGGCGAAUUUAUUAGAACAUCUUCAAAUGAUUCGCGAUUAUUAUUGCCUAGGCAGGGGCGAGUUAUUUCAGCAUUUCAUCGUCGCCGCAGAAGAACAAUUGCCCGAAAUUCCGGAUAAUUACAUUAUCAAGAACUUAAAUUAUAUUUUUGCAGACACUGCACGGCAGAUAUAUAGCAGCAGUGAUGAUUCACACACAAAAUUCGAACUGGUAAUGCCGUAUCACAUGACGCAAGAAGAAUAUGCUGUCAAUCCAUUAGGAUUUGUUGAAAUGUACUUUGAAGUGAAAUGGCCACUGCACGUUAUCUUUCGCCCGAAAGUAAUAACUUUGUUUAAUAAAGUUUUUACGUUUUUAAUGCGCGUGAAAAAGACGCAUAUUGAUUUGCAUCAACUGUGGCUCAAACAUAUGGAUGUUAAGAAAGUGGAUUAUUCUGUUUGGAGUCUGCGCCAUAACUUAAUGUUUUUAGUGAACAACCUUCAGUAUUAUUUACAAGUUGAUGUGAUCGAAGCACAAUUUUCGAUACUUAUACAAUCGAUUAAAAACGUCAACGAGUACACGGAUAUCGUACGGAUGCACUCAAUAUUUGUCAGUAAUCUAUUGAGUAGGACUUUCGUCAUUUCAUUAAAUCAGGCUGAUAAGGAACAAUCACAGUUCAAUCUGCUGCAAUUACCAAGCCUAGACUUCGACAUGAAACCCAAGGUGUACAAUAUAAUAAUCUGCUUGUUGGAGUUGUGUGACAGCUUUUGUCUGCUUGCGAACAAUUGGGGCUCUGAAUUACUGUCGCCCGAACGUCGACAGCUCGAAGACAUCCAGCACAACUUGGACACCAUUCUGGAGAAUCUCUUUAGAGCGCUGCACUCCAUGCACGAGAGGGUGUCCGGCCCGCAUUUAUUACAGCUGCUGCAUAGAUUGGACUUUAAUCGGUGGUUUACAAAGAGCAAACCAGACUUGAAUCUCUCAGUGGCUUAAAUUAUUUCCUUUGAUUGCAUGAUUUAAUUUUAUCUUAUGUGAUAGUGGUGAAUAAGUGAUGAUUUACUUCUUUUUCAUUACUUUCAUGAAAAGUACCAUAUCUGCAAAAAAUUAAAUUAUUAUUAAUUAAAAUAUUUGGAAAUAUUGAA